UUCCUGCGGGUGACCAAACAGUACCUGCCCCAUCUGGCUCGCCUCUGUCUCAUCAGUACUUUCCUGGAAGACGGGAUCCGCAUGUGGUUCCAGUGGAACGAGCAGAGGGACUACAUCGAGGCCACCUGGAACUGUGGCUACUUCCUGGCCACCUGCUUUGUGCUGCUUAACCUCAUUGGACAGCUGGGGGGUUGUGUCCUCAUCCUCAGUAGAAACUUUGUACAGUACGCGUGCUUUGGGUUAUUUGGCAUCAUAGCGCUACAGACGGUUGCAUACAGCAUUUUGUGGGACCUUAAGUUUUUGAUAAGAAACCUGGCCCUGGGAGGAGGUCUGCUCCUGCUGCUGGCCGAGUCGCGUUCAGAAGGAAAGAGCAUGUUUGCCGGCGUCCCGUCCAUGGGCGAGAGCUCCCCGAAGCAGUACAUGCAGCUGGGUGGGCGAGUGCUGCUGGUGCUCAUGUUCAUGACCCUGUUACACUUCGACUCCAACUUCUUCUCUAUCCUGCAGAACAUGGUGGGCACUGCUCUCAUCAUUCUGGUGGCCAUCGGCUUCAAAACCAAGCUCGCCGCCUUGACCCUGGUCCUGUGGCUCCUCGCCAUCAACGUCUACUUCAACGCUUUCUGGACCAUCCCCGCCUACAAGCCCAUGCACGACUUCCUCAAGUACGACUUCUUCCAGACCACCUCGGUCAUCGGCGGCCUGCUGCUGGUGGUGGCGCUCGGGCCCGGCGGCGUGUCCAUGGAUGAGAAAAAGAAGGAGUGGUAG